AUGGCGAACAAGUAAACAAAAUCUGGACAAAAUUAUACUAACUUUAAAUGGCAAAAUCUGUAGAAAGUCUGUGUGAAUAAGUUACCAACUUUAGCAUGUCGGUUCAUAAAUAUCUAAAGAAAUAAUAGUAUUAGUUUGAAGUAUAUCCUGCGUUUCACUAUGGAUAAAUUUAUACUUGUUUCGUCAGGAUUAUUCUUCAUGGCUGACGUAUUUGCUAUCACAAGUCUUUUACUUCCUGACUGGAUCCAUACAGGGGAAGCAGGUCACAUGAGACUUGGUCUAACUCGGUAUUGUGCAAUAAUUGGUAAACGUCCUGAGAUAUGCAUCAGUGGGCAAGUGACACCAGUUUGGACAAUUACAUUUGUGAUUAUAAUAGCAGCAAUCCUUUGCCUAACCUCAACUUGCUUCCUCACCCUUGUAGCUGCUUGGGAGAGACAUGUCAUUAAAUAUGCAAGAUUUAUGGCUUUUGGAGCAGUUGUGUUACUCUGCCUGGCAGCCUUAGUGUUUCCAAUUGGGUUCUCCACAGAUGAGAUAGGAGGGCGGCCUUAUCAUCUCCCUACACCUGUACAACCAGGGUCAAAUAAAAAGACGCCCUUGCUGGGUGUCAUGGAAGGUGUUGAUGUCAUGAACAGUGCUGAUGUCAUGGACAGUGCUGAUGUCAUAGACAGUGAUGAUGUCAUGGACAGUGCUGAUGUCAUGUACUGUAAGCUCCACCUUCAUAAAAGUGCAGUACAAGGCCAUACAUGUGACAAUGUGUCACAGAAAUAAAAGCUGAUAAAAUACUGAGCAAGAAAUAAUCUUUUGGGAUAGGGUUAUGGCUAAAGCAGUCACACAUAUUGGUAUUUUACUUACCAGUACAGUAACUAUAUUUGAAGAUCACAAAUAUAAUUUGCCAUUUACCCUCCUGCUACCAAGUACUGUAUAAGUGGUAAUUUUGUCUAUUCAUUUAAUUUGCCUAUUGCCUGAUUUUUGCC